AUGGAGGUUGGUGUUGGGGAAGAUAUUGGAAUACACCAAACGACUGUCAGCAAAACUAUUUGGAACGUAUGCCAAAAAAUUGCAUCAAAAUCUUCUGAUUGGAUUAAAUUUCCGGUCACGAAAGAAGAUAUGGAUGCGGCUAAGAAUAUAUGGCGUAGAAAGUUCAAAUUUCCGGACUCAAUAGGAGCAUUGGACUGCACUCAUGUCAUUAUUCAAAGUCCAUAUGAACAUGCAGAUGAAUAUGUGAAUAGAAAAGGUUUAAAAUCGUUCAAUAUACAAGCUACAUGUGAUGCAAACGAAUUGUUCACCAGUAUUGAUUGUACAUGGCCAGGAUCUGUACACGAUUCUAGAAUAUGGAAAAAUUCAUCAGUGUUUCAGGUAAUGCAUGAGAAUCCUGCCGAAGCCUUAUUGCUAGGUGAUGAUGGCUAUGGAAUUGCUCCUUGGGUCAUGACUCCAUUCAGAAAUCCCAAUACCCCCCAACAACAACGGUACAAUAAAAUUCAUAGCAGUGAACGAGUCAUAAUAGAACGAGUGUUUGGUCAGGUCAAGCGGAGGUUUCCAUUCCUGCAAUCGAAAGUACGAGUUAAUACACGUCGUAUUCCAAGCAUGAUUCUGUCUUAUUUUGUGUUGCACAAUAUAGCCAAAUAUUUAAAGGAUGAAGAAUUUGAAGAGGUUCGACCCACAAGUAAUAGAAAUAUACAUGUUCCAAUGCUUGAUGAAAUAAAUAACAAUGAUAAAAAAAGAGGUCAAGCAAGACGUAAUGCUAUUACAACAUAUUUAUUUCAAUUGUAAACGCCAUAUUACAUAAAUAUAUCAUAAUUUAUUUCAAUAUAUUUCUGUGCGUAGUUUUUUAAUCCAGUUUUAGUUAAAUUCCAAUGGCUAAUUUCUGGGUUGUUGUGUAGCCUGCAUGUAGAAAGAGAAAUUCGAUUAUGUGUAAAAAAAUUAUCGUUAAUAAGAUUAAAUAGAAUCCUCCGUAUCUGUAUCCGGUUGGUGGUUUUGCUCUUUGUAGUCAUCAUCUGAUCGAUGAUUGUCGCAUUCACUAUCUACUCCCGCAGAAUGAAUGGUUCCAGAAAACUGUUCAUCUUCUUGAUUGGAGAUUUGUGAUCUCAACACCUGGUCAGCUUUCGACAGCACCUUUUCUAUCUUUUUUGUCAAUUCAGUUUGCUCAGUAAAGUAAUUCAACUGCUUCACAAGCACGAGGCGCUGCAAAUCAGGUGUGCUCAAAGUAGCCGUUUCUGUCGUCUCAAAAUACCCCUGAAAUAGGAAUUAAUGAAGAUUUGAGUUUAUGACUUGUUUUAAGUGAUUGAUUAUUUGCUGAUUUAGAAGUUUCACUAUACCUGGUGUUUUGUAGGAAUGGAUCCUUUCGAUAGCAUCGAUUUUCUUUGUCGACCGCUUCUAUAGGCUUUGGAAC